UUGGCUCCGAGGAGCUGAUGACGGAGGGAGCGCACUGUCUUCUCCAGGAGCGCGUUAGCCCACAACAGACUCACGCACACACACUGCACCUCCGGCCAGUGGGAUGAUACCAGUGUGUCGGACUGGGACGAACAUUUAAGUGGGGAACUUAGUUUUUUCUUCUUCUGCGGUUAUUAUUUUUGUUUAAUUUGGAGGUGGAGACCUGUUAGAACGAGCGCGUUUACACUCUCCAGGAGCGCGCAGUGUGGCACACGCUGGAACAAAAAAAAAAAAAAAAAAACAGCUCAGUGCAGCGCAGGCAGGUUUCCGUUUUAAAAGCAGCAGGAGAGGUACGAGAGUUACGGAGUCCGCCGGGAAGCGGUGUCGGUGCACGAGGAAGACGGAGAGCAAUCUGCGGCGGAACUUGGAUAUGGCGCGUGUGAAGACGGUCGACCUUCUCGUGGGAGUUGUUUUAGUUUUGCAGUGUUUGGGGGAUGCCCGAGCCGAGAUCCCAGCGAGUGACGGGGUCUCUUACUCGUACGUGCAGGGGCAGGCAGGAGACGAGGACGCAGCAGUGGACGUGAAGCUGUACAGUCACCGGUGGAGGAGAUGGCUUCCCCCAAAACCUCGCAACAUGGACAGUAACAGGGCGAGUCAGGAGCAGGACCAGGAUCCUGAGCAGGAGGAGCCCGAGGGCUUCCCAGGCCUGCUGUCUGCAGAGGAAACGGACAACAGCUCUCAGAUAGAGGAGGACACCGAUCACAACUACUACACAUCGAAAACAUACAACCCGUCGGAUGCGAUGAGCAAGGACUUGUGGGUAGACACGGACCAGAUGGACAAGGACAAAGUGAAGAUCCACGGGAUUCUGUCCAACACACACAGACAAGCAGCGAGAGUUAAUCUGUCCUUCGAUUUCCCUUUUUAUGGACAUUUCCUGCGUGAAAUCACCGUGGCGACUGGUGGGUUUAUCUACACAGGGGACGUGGUCCACCGGAUGCUAACAGCUACUCAGUACAUCGCUCCUCUGAUGGCAAACUUUGACCCCAGUGUCUCCAGAAACUCUACUGUCAUCUACUUUGACAAUGGGACUGCUCUGGUGGUGCAAUGGGACCAUGUCCACCUGCAGGACAACUACAACCUGGGAAGCUUCACCUUCCAGGCAACGCUGCACAACACCGGCAGGAUUGUGUUUGCAUACAAAGAGAUCCCCAUUGAGGUGUCACAGAUCAGCUCUGUCAAUCACCCGGUGAAGGUGGGCCUGUCUGAUGCCUUUGUGGUGGUCCACAAGAUCCAACAGAUACCCAACGUUAGGCGGAGGACAAUCUACGAGUACCACCGCGUGGAGCUGACGAAGACGAAGAUCACCAAUUCUACGGCCGUUGAAAUGAUGCCUCUACCCACCUGUCUCCAGUUCACGAGCUGUGGCUCCUGCAUCUCCUCGCAGAUCAACUUCAACUGCAGCUGGUGCCAUCGGCUCAACAGAUGUUCCAGUGGCUUUGACCGCCACCGGCAGGACUGGGUGGAUAACAGCUGCCCAGAUGAGACCAAGGACAAGAUGUGUGACAUCAUGGACACCACACAUCUCUAUCCGCUCACCACCACGGCUGUCGCCAAAACCACAUCCAGGAGCAAAGAGGCAACUGCAGGCGGCGACGCACCCUCCACCUCCCACCCUCCCACCAGCGUCCCCACCGAAGACGAUACCAAGAUCGCCCUGCACCUCAGAGACAACCAAGUGCUGCCUGCAGACAGUGCUGUAGACAGGAAGUCAGGUGCACACCCCUUGCACACCGGUCUGAUCCUCGGCAUCCUCCUGGUGAUGCUGGUCUUGGUCGCUGGCGUGCUGGUCACCGUGUACAUAUACCAUCACCCGACCUCCGCGGCCAGCCUCUUCCUCAUCGAGAGACGCCCAAGCAGGUGGCCAGCCAUGAAGUUUCGCCGUGGGUCGGGCCACCCGGCCUACGCAGAGGUGGAGCCAGUGGGCCAUGAGAAGGAGGGCUUCAUCGAGUCUGAGCAGUGCUGAGGGAGGAGGGGGCGUCUGCAUUCUCUCCCCCCCCCCCCCUCCUCCCUCCUGCGCCACAGGGGCUUCUCACCAGGGAACCUCCAGGAUCUGCUCAUCAGUGUACACAAUGACUCGCUAAGACUGUGGAAUCGGCCCGUCGAGCGCAAGAUGAGACUGGAAUACAGCAGCCAACGAUACGAAAGUGAGGAAAAACCCUGAAAACUGAUCCCCGGCAAGCCCAUUGUUCAGCUCCUGUUGGCAAAGACCUAACCUACUGGGGACAGAGGGAGGGAACAGCAUCGAUGCCAUGGAGGGAUUGUACAGCCUGACUGCCUAGACUGGAUACUGGUGUGGUUGGGGGGGGGGGGGAGCAGGGUGAAGUAUACAAUAUAUAUUUUCAGAAACAA